AUGACUGAUGAUAAUAAAAUUGAUGUUAAAAAUAACUUUAAUCAUCUGAUUACUGAAGAAAAGAACAAACACACUGUUUAUUGCACAAAAUGCCCAUCCAAGAUUCUGUCAUCUACAAUGGGAAAGCAUUUAAGAAUCGAAUUCAAUCUUCCACACAUGUCUCAAAAAAAAAAUUGUGAAGCUGUUGAAUGCGAACUGUUGGCGGAUUACUGGAUGGUUCCAGAUAUGUAUAUGUUUGAUAAUAUUGGAUUUUCAAAGACUGUUGAAUCUGGCAUUAAAUAUCUUAUAUGUGCUGACUGUGAAAUUGGACCAAUUGGAUGGUAUGACGAUAAAACUAAGCAAUCUUAUGUAGCACUGUCAAGAGUGAAACACUCUGAAGAUUCGUGA